AAAAGCGAGAAUAAGACGUACAAAUUUUUAUCUGGUAAAGCUUUGAAAAGAUUUUACAAAUCUUUAUUAAAUGGGCGAUUUUUUUAGAAAGUUUUUAUGUACUGUCUUUUUAGCAACAUUUGUACAAGUAACAAUUGUAAUAGCAAAAAAACCACGGUGUUUUGAUCAAGAUCGCCGUUGCCAAGAAUGGCUAGAAAAAGGUGAUUGUGGCAAAUCCGAAGUUAAAACAUUGUGCAGAAAGAGUUGUAAACGUUGUGCACCGAAUAAUGAUGACUUCUUGUAUGAAGUUAUAACACGUGGAAUAGAAGAUACACACACUGUCUUAUAUUGCAUGUGCCUGCUAUUAGUUCUCGGUAUUCUUAUUGGAUUUAUCAAAUUGAAUCGCACAUGUGUUAUUUGCAGAUCUAAGGGUAAUCUCAAAGGUAAAGUUGUAGUAAUUACUGGAGCCACAAAUGGAAUCGGUUACGAAACGGCAUUUCGUUUAGCAUUAAAGGGCGCAAAAAUAAUAAUAGGCUGUUCUAAUUUAAAAAAGGGUUUAAAAAUUGCAAAACAAUUGAGAGAUUAUACAGGUCAACAGUACAUUGAAGCAAGGAAAUUAGAUCUUGCUUCAUUAGCGUCGGUACGUGAGUUUUCAAAAGAUAUUUGCGAAGACUUUCCAUGCAUCGAUAUACUUGUCAACAACGCAGCAAUAGUUUCAGGGAUUAAAAGAGAAGAGACAAUUGAUAAAAAUGAAACAACUUGGCAAAUAAACUACUUGUCUCAUUUUUUGUUAACGAAGAUAUUGUUACAAAAAAUUAGAUUAAGUGCCCAAGGUAGAAUUAUAAAUGUUGUUUGCGAUAGUUAUAAAAAAGCCAAUUUUGUCUUGACUGAUUUGCAAUCAAAUAACAAGUUUUCACCUAUUAUUGCAUACAAUAACACCAAGCUUGCUUUAUUAUUAUUUACUCAGGAGUUGGCUGCUCAUUUAAACGAAAAAGUUGUAACUGUAAACGCCGUAAAUCCAGGUAAAGUUUCCACGUCGUUGCGAAGGAACAUUUUCCCAUACAAUUGGCGCAUAUUACGCAUUUUAUCCGGACUAUAUGCUUACGUAUUCUGGAAGACACCAUCCGAAGCUGUAGAAACAAUACUAUAUGGUUGUUUGGAAAAAAAUUUAGAAGGAGUUUCAGGAAAGUUAUUAGAAGAGUGCGCUGAGGCAGUAGUUCCUGAGUAUGAUAAAACCAUAGUAAAAACAUUGUGGGAUGAAAGCGAGAGGUUAAUAACGCCUGAGAAAAUUGCUAAUUUUUUAUAAAUAAAAAAAAAAUAGUUAAAUAAAUUGAAUUAAUAGAUUUAAUGUGUAAAAUGUGGUGUUAUAUCCAUUAAA